ACGUGAUGACGUUGUGCUGCGGCGUGCCGCUCCAGGAUCAACACAAGCCGACCGCCUCAGAGGAGAAGGACUAACAACCGAGGAACCAGCUACAACCAGAACACAUCACUGGGAUAUUUACUGCACUGUGAAAUGCGUAUGUCACUGUAGUUUCCAUAUUGCUGAUUUCACCGGAGAUGAUUCAAGAGAAGAAGCUCUGAUAAAAACCCAUCUGAAGAACCCCUUUACUCGGGGUUGACCUCAUCACUCCAUUUCCCUAACAAAGCCAGUCGGGAGGAAGGAACUUCACCGAAAAAUGGAGAAUCUGCACUCCCACUGCCUUAAAUGCAUCAACAGAAGAUGCAUGGCCAGAACAGAGGCAGGAGUUUGCUGCGACCUUAUCGGAUGUCCCCUUGUCUGCGGUGCAGUUUUUCACUCUUGCAAACUAGAGGAACACCGUCUGCUGUGUCCGUAUGAACGUCUGCCAUGCCUUAACAGCGUGUUUGGCUGCCCUUUCACCAUCACAAGGAUCAAGAUGGCACAACACCUUGAGACUUGCCCAGCCAGUAUAGUAUGCUGUACUAUGGAGUGGAAUCGUUGGCCUGUGAGCUACUCUGACCGCAAGUCCUACGAAAACUUGAGCAAAGACUUUGAUGAAGUGGAGCAGCUAGAUAUGGCUUUGGCCCUGCAGGAUCAGAGGAUGUUGUUAGAGUCUCUCAAAGUUACGACUACUGUGUCAAAGAAUGGAGACAAGGAAGCAGAUGAAAGUAACAAGAUGGCCACAGCAUCAAGUCUACCAGAGACAGUGUUAGGUAACGGAACUGUGGAAAUGGAAGAUGAGCCCUAUAACGAGCUGUACAGAGCCUCAGUGGAGACGAGCAGGAGUUUAGCAGCAGCCUUGGACAUCCUCACUAACUCCAAGGAUAUCGGUGUGAUAGUUGGAAAUUUAAACGGGGAAAAGACUGAUAAGAAAGGAGCCCUCCACAACGGGGAAAACGGUGAUAGUCAUAAUGUUUAUGUGGCCGAGGGUGGUAAGAAUGUAGAUAUGCAGGAGAGUGACUCUGAUUCAGAGUGUGAACUGGGAGCAGUCGGUGGAGUGGAUUGUGCCGUGGGGACAAACGGUGAAGAUGGAGUCGGAUGGGUGGAAGAAAAUGAUUUUGUGGAGUUGUUUUUUGAAGAGAAAGAAGAGAGCAUUGAGGAGCCAAUAAAUGAUUCCAACCUCGUCUGGCCAGAGAUGCCUCAGGAUUACGUGCCUGUCAUUGCACUGGAACCUCCCGUGCCUCAGGAAGCACCACUUUCAGCUCCAAUGCCAUUCCUGCUGUCUGAUCACGUGAGAAACAACUUCUUACAACACUUACCUUCUGAACUCAGGUACAGAUGUUUGGAGCGUAAACUACAGAACGUAGAGGUGCUCAGAGGAAUAAGUAUGUUUACAUUUAAUGGUCGUCGGGCGCUGCUGUCAGACCCUUACCUGUUUCGAGCAAAGAUGGAGGACAAGGCAGUGGACACAUCUGACCUGGAGGUAGCAGAUGACCCAAUGGGCCUCCAUGGUAUUGAUCUUAUCACUGCAGCCCUGCUCUUUUGCCUUGGGGACUCCCCAGGAGGCAGAGGAAUCUCAGACAGCAGGUUCGUCGACGGCUACCACAUUGAUUUUGGUACUCAGACAUUCUCCUUCCCUUCAGCCAUUCUCGCAACCAACACCAUGGUGGGAGAUAUCGCCUCAGCCUCGGCCUGCGAUCACGCCAGCCCACAGCUUUCCAACCCAAGCCCCUUCCACACGCUCAGGCUGGACCUGGUGCUAGAAUGUGUGGCGAGAUACCAAACAAAGCAGCGCUCCAUGUUCACAUUUGUGUGCGGGCAGCUGUUCCGACGCGACGAGUUCUCGUCACAUUUCAAAAAUGUUCACGGGGAUAUUCACGCUGGACUCAACGGCUGGAUGGAGCAGCGCUGCCCUCUGGCCUACUACGGCUGCACCUAUUCCCAAAGAAGAUUCUGCCCCUCUGUGCAGGGCUUCAGGAUCAUCCACGACAGGCACCUCGGCUCGUUUGGGGUUCAGCCCGGUUUACCCUUCAAAUCUGGGAACAACAUCCCAAGACACACCCGCUACUACCAGUCUCAGUGUGACCAAUUCAGCAGUCUUCCAUUCGAGGUGUUGCAACAUGUAGCAUGCUUCCUGGACAGCUUUAGCUUGUGCCAACUGUCCAGAGUGUCCCGCACCAUGAGGGACGUGUGUGCUAGCCUGCUUCAGAUGCGCGGCAUGGUCGUCCUGCUUUGGGAUAAGAAACGUCGAGCUGACGGGUCUACUUCAUGGCAGAUCACAGACAAGGUGUGGAGAUUCAGCACAGCGUUCGGUACAGUAAACGAGUGGAAGUUUGCAAACAUCGCCAGCAUGGCCGACCACCUCAAGAAGUGCAAGUUCAACACGAUUGCUCGUCGGGAAGAAGCAAUCCCACUGCCGUGCAUGUGUUUCACCAGAGAGCUCACAAAAGAGGGGAGGUGUUUACGCUCAGUUCUCAAACCAGUAGCAUAAGAGAGCGUUAAAGUUGAAACCAUCCUGUGGACAAUUCGAAGACCACUAGAACUCAAAAAAAACUGUGUUUUCCUCUCCAGUGUUUACAGACUUUGGUCUCUUCCAUCUUCAAAGAGACAGAGAACUCCUGAUUUAACAGUUUCCACCAUUGGUUAUUAUUUGCCUCACCUUCAAUAUGAUCUUCACUCCCAUAAAAAGCAGCCAGUAGUGGGACAGUUUAUUCUUCCAAGGAGGCUGGUGUGCUGUGAUCACAGAUCCGGACUGAAAACAAGAGAAAUGAAUUAGUAGCCUUGUAUCUUCCACUCUGAUGGACUUAUUAAUACCAGUGGACUGACGUUGUACUGAUCUACUCUGACUUUAUGUAAAUAAUCAGAUGUUUUGAUGUAGAAUUUUUUAUUUUUAUAUCAAAAAGACAGUACUGUGCAACAAAGGAGGUAAGAGUAGAGCCUUAACUUAUGAAACACUUGAUUUUCUAGUCAUGAGGUUGUUCAGAGCAUCUCAGUGAGAUUACUGUGCUGCUUCAGGCUGGAACAGUUUACUGGUAUCUUGUUUUAUAUCACGUCCGGAUACCAAGAGUGACCAUGCGUGCUCUGCUUUGAGCUCAUAAACUUUACAGCUUUGAUGCUACAUUUUAAGACUGACCAAACAUCUGUGGUAGCUGUGCACAACGUAUGCCAUUUAUCAGGAUGGUCAUACAGUAUUCACUGUGGGUGUUGAUUGGUGUUCACCAGCAUUAGCAUGUCACCAUCAUCAUGUUUGGUGUCAGACUGUAGUGUGUUUUGUGGUUUGUAAAAAAUCACAUUUGUAUCAAAGAUGGUCCUUCCUCUUGAUAGAAGGGCCGGCAUGUUAGCCAAGUGAAAGAGAAGUAACACUAAUCACCAGCCAAAGGGCAAAACAUUUUUAAACUGUGGUUUGUCUGAUCUACCAGCUAUUUUUACAAAUAACCAGCAGUUUGAAGGUUGUUGUUGACUAAAAUGUAGCAAGUAAUAUGAUGAAUGUACUGUAGCAAAUAAGAACCAUCUGUGAUCCUGGGUUGGGAGCAGAACGUUUGGCUUCCUUAAAGCUGGGGUUGGUAAUCAGAUUUAGAUCCACUUUUUGUUAUACUGGUUAAAAUUAUCUUUAUGUCCCGAUGGCAAUCAAUACAUAAUGUGUUCUUAAAAAAGAGGUAAAAAAAAAAGCUGCUAUCUACAGCCGGAGUAAACCUGGGAAAACACCUUUAGGAUCCAAAUUAUGAAACCAAUCAAAUCCCGUCCUGCCGUUCUGCCCGCCUACUGCGCGUACGUUUUCCUGGCGUGAUCUCCCUGUCCCCUGUCUCUGUUUCCCCUGCCUCUAUGUACUGCCCCUCUCGCUCAACCUCGAGCCUGUCCCCUCUGACCUGAUGAGGUGCUUUGCUCAGAAAUGUAGUCCGGAUCAGAGUCUAAAAAGCUCUCACCACGGGGGCUCUGACAAGCAAAAAAUGAAUGACAUUUAGUAAGUCCUACAGAAAAUUUAGACCUGAUAUCGUGUCACCGGUACAACUGGAUAAUGUUAGCAUGACAGUUGUGAGUACUAACAAUAGCCAUGUUUGUUUGUGUUUUUAACUUUCACUAUGAGAAUGUUUUGGUGUUUUCUUAUAACUGAGUGAGACAUGAGUUGACGUAGUGCAAAACACAAACCAUGUGCUGAGGACCGGUUUGGAAUCAGUCACCAUCAUAUGGUCGCGAAGCAGCAGCGCUCGUGCAUGUGAGCGUGGGGCGUCGUUUUGGAGGACCUCCGAGGGGGGGUUAGACGGAGUCCCGAAGACAUGCUACAUUCAAAUUCAUGCUAGUUGUCCGUGACUACCAACCCUAGCUUUAACAGUAGUUUUGAUACUGACAGCAAGUAUCUGUGCUUCAGAUACUGCCUCAAAUCUGGUAUGAGCAGCUGCCAGUCAAUGCUCCCAUCUUUACAAUGAUUCAGUGAUGGACUACUUCAGUUAUUGUGCAGAAAAGAUUUCAGUUAAUGUAUGGUGAAGAGAGCAAACGAGAAUAGUCGUUUUAGAGUUGAACUUCAGUCAGAGGUUGCAAAAUGUCAUCAAAAGGUGUUUUGAGUUUUAAGGCUUUAUUUUUGGGAAUAAAGUUAAGAAUUAAAAUCACCAAAAACAAACAAAGCUAGCAGUUACAUGUGAAAACAUGGGUUUCUCUACACCAUAGACUGUACAAAUAAUGGACAUAGUAUCCGUGACUUCACCCAUCUGUUCCUGAGCUCUGUUUUGAAACCAAUCGACGACGGCAGCCAUAUUGGAAAUGCGGAACUCAACCAGGCAUAGUGUGACAUAAAGAGGCGGAGUUUGAGCCUCUUAGCCAACAGCUAUGGCUGUUUCCGAAAUGGCCUGCUACAUACUACUUACUAAUGUAGUAGGCAGUAGGUAUUGCCUACUACAUACUGCGUUUGAAUUUAGUAUGUAGUAUGACUGUUCUGUCCGAUCUGUCAUGCAGCAUGCUGAGCCAGACUUCACUGGAUUUCCGGUUUCGGAAGGCGGAAGUAAACAACGGCGAAGCCGAUAAAUAAAAUGCUUAUUUAGCAUCCAUUUAUGAUUUAAAAAGUUAGGAAGUGGUUUAUAUGUAAUUUGAUAACGUUCACAGCACCCAAAAACAGAUUUCCUCCUGUCAAAAAAUGAGGAAAAAGAAAAAGCAGAACGAGCGCUAUGCAUUAUGGGAAACAGUACGCGAGGAAGACUGGUCCGAUGCACACUGAGAUAUUUUCCCGUAUCAGUAGACAUCCGGGGAGUUUUGGCUUACUGCAGAUUUUGCUCUUGUUCACAUACUACUUACUACAUACUGAAUUUUGGACAUAUCAGUACGUACUGCUAGUAUAGUAGGAGAUUUCAGAAACAGCCUAUGUGUUCCCGACCGGGAGUCACGUCAGUCAUGUCCUUAUUUGGGCAAAAACUCAUAAUCUUAAUAUCUUCUGAACCGUCACGUUAGAAAAAAAUUCACCCCCGUACAGUGUGUGCCGAUAGAGAGAUUAGCUACGUAGAGCCAAGCCGUUUUCUGAACCAGGCUGUAAACAUGUUUAUUAAUGCUGUAAAGAUCGUCUUCUUAGAAGAAAAUUCUCAGUGAAUUGCAGUUUAAAACACUUCUGCAUUGGCUUCAUAGUUUGAGACCGGAGGUUGCCGCUUGCUCUACACACAAGACGGGUCGUGACUAGAGCUGCUGCUAGCUAUUCCUCCAAUAUACAACAAGCAUGGUUAUUGUGGUUAGUAGCAAAUAAUCUUUACUUUAUUGCACAGUUAUAGACGGGUACAAUACAUCCAUCAAUACUCACGUCGUGGUCGCAGAAUCAGAGAGGAAAGAAGUGUCAAAGCUGCUCUAGUUUCUCUCCCUCAGUGUCAGACCUCAUGAAACCCUGCAGGCCAGGUGUAAAGAAAAACGCAACAGGCAUACUUUCCCUCCAAAAAUGAACACUAAUGAUGUUUCUGAUCAUUAUUUAUCAUGUGUAUGGUUUUGACACUACACGUCCACUGUGUUCAAAUGUUGGCAUCUCAGGGUUGUAGCAUGAAGCUUUGUCUCGCAGUAGAUGUGUGUGUAGUUGACAGAAUUGCUGAGAACAACACAACUAGUCAGCUCCUUGAUAAUUGUGGGGUCUUAGAGUUGGCUGGUGUACCAUUCAGUAUUAUAAUGAUGUAACUGUGUGUGUUGCAGUGCUUGGACUAACAAAUUACAGGUUUUCAUGUUUGUCCUCCGUCAGGGUCAAGCUAACAGGCCGUUAGGAGAAAUGCUGUUUGAUUGUUCUCUGGAGUGAUGUUUGGUUUAAGAGAUAACGUCUAAUAACACGGGACACAUUUUGAUCCCUUGUGUGAGAAAUAAAGCUUCAGAUGUUUUGCAUUGUUUAAAAGAAAUAGGUUGGAAAUGUCGCAGAAAAAUAACUGGUAAGAAAAAAAAAAGGAAGUCCCUCGUAGAAGUUGUGUUUUUAUUGUUUUUAUACUUUUGAAGUUUGAUGUUGAGCCCAAAUGAUGUUGAAACUAAGCUGUGUUUUUACUCUGAAGAAGUCCCCAGUGUUUGUUUUGUUUUCUUAUUUUUUUACUGGUACUUUCAUUUGAAAAGAAAAAGAAUCAGCCUCUGUUUUAUUAGGAUUUGUCUUUGAAUUAUUGAUUUGCACAAGAGAGCAUGUACUGUAAACUUUAAAUCAUCAUGCUGAGGGCUUUUUCUUUGCUCCAGCAGCGGAGGAUUUGCCUCCCUCUUGUUUUGCAUGUGAGUUUGAUGAGUAUCAGUCUGUCCUUUUGCAGGUUUAAAAAAAUGUAUUCCUCAGGCACAGUGCAGCACAUUGUCAUAUUUACUCUGACAUUUAAAAUGAAUUGAAAUUCAGCAAAAUCUGAGCACACACCCUCAUUAUUCAGGUGUUAUGGAAGAUUUAAGUGAAUGGCCUGAGUAUGACCAGUCUUUGUCUCUUGGGGUUCCUCCUGCAUUGAGACAAAUGUCUGCAGCACACCUUUUUUUUAAAUAAAGCAGUCUUUUGAGGCACUUGGAGUGCAGCAACACUUUGAUCAGCAUUUUACGUUUUUUCACUCCUGCUUAAGUGUAUUUUCACCACAAUAUGCCGGCUUCAUUUGUUUGACUUUUGAAGCAUUUUAAUAAAGAGGCUUUGUUUGUAAA